CAUUCUAGGUACAGAUGUGGGGGAUUCCCACUCAUUGCCGCACAGUGGCUUUUGGAAAGCGAGUUGCAGGGGAAAAGAUUGGUACAGUGUUGGAGGCUGGAGCUUAUGCGAUGCAGGGCAUGCCGGGGCAUUUUAUCAAGGCUAAGGUGCUGGUUGACAUCUUGCAGACCCUCCGAUCUCAGCUGUACGCGAGUAACCCAUUGGCAGGUGAAUUCUGGGUUACGUUGGUGUAUGAAUUUCUUCCAAUGCUAUAUUACCAUUGCGGCAGACUAGGGCACAUAGCCCCCAAUUUUUCGUUCCUUGAUCCAAUUGGGAUUGAACAUUAUGGCCCCGAGCUCACGACGGAAGUGAUUGGGUAUCGGGUGGAGGAGGCUGCCUUCAUUCCACAGCUGUUGAGGCCUCCAAUCCAGCCCUCUGUUUGGGUGAACCCACAUACUAGUGGCGUGGGGCAGGAGAGUAAGAAGCAGAAGAGAGAUGAAGGGAUGGAAUAUAUUGCGGUAGAAGAAGAUGAUAGGCCAGUGGUGAUGGCUUUACCUGCUAAGAAGCAAACUGACCAGGAGCAGAAUAUGAAGCAUGUGCAGGUGAAAACAGUAAAGCAGGCCGAGGUGAUAGCUCAUGGGAGUGGCUACAAUGGUGGUGGCAAUUUCUCUGGUGGGGGUCGUGGACAUAACUACAAAAGCAAGGGAAAGGGAGGCCAAGGAGGUUACACUGUUUAUCAUAAGGGGCAAGGGGCGGAUGACAAGAAAAAAUUGAAUUAUUACAGGGGAGGUUAUACUCCUCAGACUGGGGGACGCAAUGCUGAAGGCAGUCGCGGUAGUGGGCCGAAGCAGAAUCCUAGAGGUGGUGCAGGGCAGCUGCAGAGCAGGCAAACUAAAGAACCUCGGCAGCAACCGUUUCCAGGGACGGGAAAGCAGAAGGGUAAGGAGGCUUUUUCGGAUGACUGCUCCUGAUCCGGAAGAGAUCAAGGAACGCAAG